GGAGACGGGGCGCGGCGCGGCGGGUCACGCGGGUCGCGGCGCCGGGCUAUAAGUAGGGGCCGGCGGCGUGUGUCGCCAGAGUGAUGGCUGCCGGCGCGCGCUGCGUGCUAGCUCUUCUCGGCCGCUGAGGCGCCCGCGGGUGCUUCCAGGGUGGGUCGCCAGGCCCCGCCGAACCAUCCCCGGAGCCUCCGCCCCGGGCCGACUCCUCGUCGACCCCAGGUGCGUGCGUCUGUGGUUCCAGCCCACCGCCGCGGCUUGCACCUCUCGUCUCCCGCUCGGCUCUUCGUUUCCUCUGGAUGAACUUGCGUCCUUUCUCUUCUCCGCCAUGGAAUUCUCCUUGCUUUUAGCCCUCCAGAGCCAAAGAAACCCCAGACAACAGAUGCCCAUACGCAGCGUAUAGCAGUAACUCCCCAGCUCGGUUUCUGUGCCGUAGUUUACAGUAUUUAAUUUUAUAUAAUAUAUAUUAUUUAUUAUAGCAUUUUUGAUACCUCAUAUUCUGUUUACACAUCUUGAAAGCCGCUCAGUAAUUCUCCUAUAAUUAAAAAACAAAAAACAAAAAACAAAACCACUAGUCUAGAGAAUGGCAUCUACCGUGACAACGCUGACUACCAGUACUAUUGCUGCUACUGCUGCUUCUGGUCCAUUGGUGGACUACCUAUGGAUGCUGAUCCUGGGCUUCAUUAUUGCAUUUGUCUUGGCGUUCUCCGUGGGAGCCAAUGAUGUAGCAAAUUCGUUUGGUACAGCUGUGGGCUCAGGUGUCGUGACCCUCAAGCAAGCCUGUAUCCUAGCUAGUAUCUUUGAAACCGUGGGCUCCGUCCUCCUGGGGGCCAAAGUGAGCGAAACAAUCAGGAAGGGCUUGAUCGACGUGGAGAUGUACAACGCGACCCAACAGCUGUUGAUGGCCGGCUCCGUCAGUGCGAUGUUUGGUUCUGCUGUGUGGCAACUAGUGGCUUCCUUUUUGAAGCUUCCCAUUUCUGGAACCCAUUGUAUUGUUGGUGCAACCAUUGGUUUCUCCCUUGUGGCAAAGGGGCAGGAGGGUGUCAAGUGGUCUGAACUGAUAAAAAUUGUGAUGUCUUGGUUCAUCUCUCCACUGCUUUCUGGUAUUAUGUCUGGAAUUUUAUUCUUCCUUGUUCGUGCAUUCAUCCUCCGUAAGGCAGAUCCAGUUCCUAAUGGUUUGCGAGCUUUGCCAGUUUUCUAUGCCUGCACAGUUGGAAUAAACCUUUUUUCCAUCAUGUAUACUGGAGCACCUUUGCUGGGCUUUGACAAACUUCCUCUGUGGGGCACCAUCCUCAUCUCGGUGGGAUGUGCAGUUUUCUGUGCCCUUAUCGUCUGGUUCUUUGUAUGUCCCAGGAUGAAGAGAAAAAUCGAACGAGAAAUAAAGUCUAGUCCUUCUGAAAGCCCUUUAAUGGAAAAAAAGAAUAGCUUGAAAGAAGACCAUGAAGAAACAAAGUUGUCUCUCAGUGAUAUUGAAACCAGGAAUCCUAUUGCUGAGGUAGGAUCUGCCACGGUGCCCCUCCGGGCUGUGGUGGAGGAGAGAACAGUUUCGUUCAAACUCGGAGACUUGGAGGAAGCUCCAGAGCAAGAGCGGCUUCCCAGCGUGGAUCUGAAAGAGGAAACCAGCAUAGACGGCACUAUGAAUGGGGCAGUGCAGUUGCCUAAUGGGAACCUUGUUCAGUUCAAUCAAGCCGUCAGUAACCAGAUAAACUCCAGUGGGCACUAUCAGUAUCACACUGUGCAUAAAGAUUCUGGCUUAUACAAAGAGCUGCUCCAUAAAUUACAUCUUGCCAAGGUGGGAGACUGCAUGGGAGACUCUGGCGACAAACCCUUGAGGCGCAAUAAUAGCUAUACUUCAUAUACCAUGGCAAUUUGUGGCAUGCCUCUGGAUUCAUUCCGUGCCAAAGAAGGUGAACAGAAAGGUGAAGAAAUGGAGAAGCUGACCUGGCCUAACGCAGACAGCAAGAAGCGAAUUCGAAUGGACAGUUAUACCAGUUACUGCAAUGCUGUGUCUGAUAUUCACUCGGCAUCCGAGAUGGACAUGAGUGUCAAGGCAGAGAUGGAUCUGGGGGAGAGAAAAGGAAGUAGCAGCUCUCUCGAAGAAUGGUAUGACCAGGAUAAGCCAGAGGUGUCUCUCCUUUUCCAGUUCCUGCAGAUCCUUACAGCUUGCUUUGGGUCAUUCGCCCAUGGUGGAAAUGAUGUCAGCAAUGCCAUCGGUCCUCUGGUUGCUUUGUAUCUGGUUUAUGACACAAGAGAUGUUUCUUCAAAAGUGGCAACACCAAUAUGGCUUCUGCUCUAUGGUGGAGUUGGUAUUUGUAUUGGUCUGUGGGUUUGGGGAAGGAGAGUUAUCCAGACCAUGGGGAAAGAUCUAACACCAAUCACACCUUCUAGUGGCUUCAGUAUUGAACUGGCAUCUGCCCUCACGGUGGUAAUUGCAUCAAAUAUUGGUCUUCCCAUCAGUACAACACACUGUAAAGUGGGCUCUGUCGUAUCUGUCGGAUGGCUCCGAUCCAAAAAGGCUGUUGACUGGCGACUCUUCCGCAACAUUUUUAUGGCCUGGUUUGUUACCGUCCCCAUUUCUGGCGUUAUUAGUGCUGCUAUUAUGGCAGUCCUCAAAUAUGUCAUCCUCACAGUGUGAAACUGUUUGAGAUUACAAUUCGUGUUGAUGUUUGGGGCCACCUUACACAUUCCUGCUCCUUUCAAGAAGGAUCACAGUGUUACAGAAGACCGACAAGAGUUUUUUUAAAGUUUGGGAGCUGUGGGAGGGAAGUGUUACUUGUGCUAUAAUUGCUUUUGUGCUAAAUACAACUUGUCUCAAAAUUAGCUAUGUAAAAUAGCUGGGUUUCCACUGGUUCCUAUUGAGGUCCCUUUUCCUUCUGGGCUGUGAAUUCCUGUACAUAAUUCUCUACUUUUUGUAUGAGGCUUCAAUUCCAUUAUGUUUUAAUGUUGUCUCUGAAGAUAACUUGUGAUUCCUUUUUUUUUUGUUUUUUUUUUUUUUGUUUUUUUUAAAAACAACCAUUCAGAGCCUUUUGACGCAGUGUGCUCUGCUUUGGUGGUUUCACCAGCUUCUGCCCUAACAUGCACAGACAGGGACCUAACAACAAACAUAACUGAAGCUUCCCUUGUAGUCUCUUAGAGAAAUAGAGCCAUUUGUACUCUGCCCUCCUGUCGGUAGUGGCAGGUUCCGUUGGCAUAUGUGGGAACUUCUUAUAGGGACGAGGUUCUUUGGACACAGUGAAAAUUUUUAAGUUAGUAGAAACUUCUUGGCAAGCAAUUCAUUGACAAUUACUGCUGAAAAGAAGUAGGAAGAAAAAGCCUUCUGGCUGUCUUGGUUAUUUCUUUACAAUUUCUGGCAGUGUGGGAUGGAUGAAUGGAGUGGAAUAUGAACUUUGGGCAAGUUAAAUGGGACAGCCUUCCAUGUUCAUCUGUCUACCUCUUAACUGAAUAAAAAAGCCUACAGUUUUUAGAAAA